CUUGUUAUUUCUUCCAAAAACGUAUAUUUAAAACAAAGUUAAAAUAAUUUUUAAUUGAAAAGUCAGUAUACUCAUUUAAAGAAUAUUUUGAGGUAACUUAGUUCAUCCAACAAUUUAGUAGUUAAUAUGACAUAUUGUAAAUAGUAGCAGAAUUGUAAAAUCAUUUCAAUAACAUUUUGAGGCAAACUGCUUUAUUUAAUGAUUUAUGUAAUCACUAAAUGGAUAUUGUAAUGUAAUGGUUGACGCUAUUCUGUAUUUAUACUGUAUGUGUACAUUGUAUGAGUCUUGAAUAAAGUUGAAUUGAAUUGAAUGUUUGUUUUUGUUAAAUUUUUGUGUUUGGAGAAAUGUAGAGGUAAAACACGGAAGUACAACAAAGCAACGCACCAGCUGAACGGGCGGCGAGACUCUGCAAUUAGGGAUGAGCAUCGAUAGUCGAUGUUUUCCUUUCGAUAUUCGAUGUUUUUGCCAUCGAUGGUGAGCUAACGAUGUUUAUCGUACAUCAAUGUUUUGCAUCGAUGUUAUUAGAAUUUUACUGUACACGAUAUUUUUCAGUUUUAUAUUGCUAUAGUAUUAUAGCCUCAUAUAAAACGGAAUUGUUAGUUUUAUUUUUACCACUUUGAAAGUUUAAAAAAAUAAACCCCCAACGCUCAAAACAAUAACUAAUUUUGUUAGUACGCUAUUGGAGUGGAGAUUCUCGUAGGACCCGGACCCGACUGUACUCUCUGUCUGUACUGUACAAUACACUCUACACUGGCGCUCGGCGAGCGAGCGAGUACUGACUUGAGCGAUUGUGUAUGUGACUGUACUGUGUUCCCGCGUUUCUUUGUCUAUUUCUAAGGAGAAUGAGAGAAAGGUCUCUCAUUCCAGCCGCAUUCGCAACGUAAUAACAUAACCUAAGUUACAGUUACUGUCUGUAUGUACUGUGACUACUCAGACUGCUCAGUUUUGUGUUGUUUAAAGUUAGUCGUGUUAGUGUUUAGUUCGUGUUAAUGUUAGUGUGUUAGAAAUUAGUUGUUUACUUACUGUCGUAUUAGUGACAGUGCGCUGCCAAUCACAUACGAUUAUUAGAGACUGUUAAAUUCUGUAGCUGUUGAUACUAUUUGUAAAUAUUAAAAUGCCAUCUAAAAGUGCUUUGUGGCAGCAUUUUGUGCGAAACGCUGACCAAAGCGGUACUUGUCGGCAUCCAAAUAUUUUCUCUGUAUUUAAAAAAUCUAUUGAAACAAAAAUCGAUUCCAGUAAGCCUAAACAGCCUAAACUUGUUAAUAAGGUAGACAACAUACAAGGCCCUUCAACAUCAUCAGGUUCAUUAACACAUUCGGUUUCAUUAAAGGAUGAUGUGACAGCAGCUAGUGGGUCUAUUGAAAGUGUUAAGGAAUGUCAACCAAGCUUGUCAUCAUCUAUUUGUCCAGUGGGGGCUACACGAAAAGACCCACACCAUAGGCCCUAUCAAGCAACGAUAGCGAAUGCAUUCAAAAAGAUUGAGUCUUUUAGAGAAGGUGGUGACAGAAACCAAAAAAAUAACCCAAGCUAUUUUGUAUAUGAUUUGCAAAGACUGCCAGCCUUUUUCAAUUGUUGAGCACACUGGCUUCAACAAACUAAUGAAAACUGUAGCUCCUCACUAUAAAGUGCCGAGCAGGUUUACGAUCAAAAGACUUAUUAAUGAUAAGUUUGAGCUAAUUGCUUCUAUCAUGAGAGAAAAACUUAGUAAAAAGAAAUGCACUUUAACAACAGAUAUUUGGAUGGAUCCCCAAACCCGUAGUUUUCUAAGUUUAACGGUACACUUUUAUGACGAAGACCAAGACAAGUUAAUAUUUAGUGGGACAAUCGGAGUUUUUAUGUUAGAAGAGCGACACACGGGACAAAAUAUUGCUAAUGAGUUGAAGUUAAUUUGUUUGGAAUGGAAUAUUUGUGAAGAGGAUGUCAUCGCCGUUGCUACAGAUAACGCAGCGAAUAUAACACUUGCUGUGGAAAUUGCGUUUGGUAAAAAUAGGCACAUACCUGGUUUUGCCCACACUUUAAACUUAGUUACGGAGAAGGGGAUUGAGCUCAGUAACGAUGCAACUGUCUUGAUUGGUAAAGUCAAAUCAAUUGUGACAUGGUUCAAACACAGUGGUGUUGCAAGUGACGAGUUGAGGAAAUUAACAGACAAAAGACCAGUUCAAUCUGUACCCACCAGGUGGAACUCGGUUUUUUAUAUGAUAGAAAGAUUUUUAGAGAUCCGGCCUUUUGUAAAUCAAGUUGUCAAUCAACACGCCAGUGCACCGCCUAUGCUUAGUGCUGUGGAAAUUGAAAUGUUCUCAGAUAUUGUUGAUGUGUUGCGCCCUCUGGAAUCCGCAACAUCUGAGAUUAGUGGGCAAUAUUAUGUUACAGGAAGUUUGGCAAUUCCAAUUGCACACAUAACUAAGCAAAAGCUUGAUUGUUUGGACCCAAAAACUAAUGCAGGAAAAGAGUUCCACAAACAAAUUUUGAAACAAUUCAAUACAAGAUUUGGUAAUAUUGAGCAAGUCCAUCUUUUGGCUGUUGCUACCAUCUUAGACCCCCGCUUCAAAAAAAUGUACUUUGAAAAUCAUGUAGCAUAUUCAAAGCAUAUUGGUUUUAUUGAUAAAAAAAUAAAAAAUAUGGACAAGGAACUGUCUGCAAAGCGAUUGGCAACCGAUUCGUCCUCCUCCGACUCUGAAUUGGAGCAGAGGCCAAAGGGACUAUUCUUUGAUCAUAACAAGACGAUCCAGAAGAAAUGGAGGAAACCAGAUGACAACAACAAAAACCUGGGUGGAGAACCUCGAAGACUACAUCCAGAGCUUUCAUUGUAUUUAGGUAAGCCUGCGUGUUUUCUUUGUUUUGUUUUAUAUAAUUAAUAUAUACUCUCCAGCAUAUUUUGUUUACUUCUGUAAAAUGUAAAAGAAACGUUGGUUGAAGUACGGUAAAAAAUAAAUUGUACAAAGUUUUACAAUAAGUCACUUAUAUACAAAUACGUCAAAACAACGUACAAUUUUAAUAUCAGUACAAUGACAAUACAAUUAUACAGAUAUUUACAAAUAUUGUCAUUGUAUGUUGUUUUGACGUAUUUGUAUAUAAGUGACUUAUUGUAACAACACGUAACAUGCUAAUCAAAAAAUUAUUUAGUUUUACAAUAGUAAUUUGGUUUUCAGGUGCCCCCGCUGAAAAAAUUCAACAAAUACCCUUGCUAUUCUGGAAGCAGAUGGCCAGUACCUAUCCACUACUAGCAGAAUUGGCCAAAACCUAUUUGAUUACAAUGGCCACGUCAGUUCCAUCUGAGCAUCUGCUUUCCAAAGUGGGACAGAGAGUUACCAAAGCCCGAAACAGACUAGAGGGGAAAAUGAUUUCCAAAGUGGUUUUCCUUCAUUCUAUUGAAGAUACGCUAUGGAGCUGGGAAUGAUUUUGUGUAGGCCUAUCCUAUAGCCUUUGUAAUAUGUAUUAAUAACUUGACAAAAUUAAAUACUUUUUUUAUAACGUUUGAUUUAAAUUUAUUGUGUGUAUAAUUGUGGUUUACCUAUCCUUUUAUACGAAACUACAGAAUUAUUACUAAAACAUUGAUGUUUGGAUCCGAUGUAAUUUUUUUACAAUAUAUCAAAGUUUUUAUAAAAACAUCGAUGUUUGGGUCCGAUGUUCAUCGAUGUUUAGAGGUCGAUGUUUUCCACACAUCGAUGGUCAUCAUCGAUGCUCAUCCCUAUCUGCAAUCGCGUUAUCUACUAGACCGCUCGACUUUGACCUCUGACUGAGGGUGGGGAGGGGUUUGC